UUAAUAAUGGUCACUUGUCGCCUACGUUUAAUUCUCUCCUGUUCUUUUUCAACAAAACAAACCGAUUAAUAUCUCAAAACCCACACACGCAAAUGGGCAAAAUCCCAGUGAGUACCAGAAUCUAGUACUGAAUCAGUUGCUAUAAUUCCUUUCUUUCUCCAUAGGUGGAGGGAGGGAGGGAGUGAGAGAGAGAGAGAGUGUGAGUUGAAAUUUUCAAGAAAUGCAGACCAUUCCAAUAGGAGGGACAUUAAUUUCAACAAUAGCGAAUAGCAGUAGCCUCUCUCUCAAUUUCAAUAAUCCGAAACCAUGUCCCAAGAUUUCCCCUCACCCCAGAUCAGGGCUUUGUAGGGCCAGUCAAGUGGCUGAAUUGUUCCGAACCGUGUCUCCGGAGAUUGUUGUUCGAGAAGCCAGGUUAGAGGACUGCUUGGAAGUGGCUGAGACUCACUGCAGUUCCUUCUUUCCCGAAUAUUCUUUUCCUCUAGAUUUUGUGCUGAGAAUUGACAGGCUUAUUGGAAUGCUAUUUGGAUUCUCAAUACCAAAUGGCUGCAAGAGAACUUGCCUGGUUGCUGUAAUUGGAAGCUCGGAUGAAGAUGCAUUCAUUUUAGGGAGUGAAAAUUUGAAAAUUGGGGGGUUUGAUGGGAAAUUUAGUCUAAAUAAAGGGUACGUAGCUGGGAUAUUGACUGUGGAUACUGUUGCUGAUUUUCUUCCCAGAAAAGGACCAAUGCGGCAGAGAAGGACGGGAAUUGCAUAUAUAUCAAAUGUUGCUGUCCGAGAAAGAUACCGUAGGAAGGGAAUAGCUAAGAGACUCAUAGCGAAAGCAGAGACAAAAGCCCGAAGCUGGGGAUGCCGUGCUAUUGCAUUACACUGUGACCUUAACAACCCAGGAGCCACCAAGUUGUACAAAGGUCAAGGCUUCAAAAGCAUUAAAGUGCCGGAAGGCACAAACUGGCCUCAACCAAAAACUUCGCCUGACAUCCAGUUCGGCUUCAUGAUGAAGCUGCUGAAUUCCUAAGCCGGUUCUCAGUUUAUUUAGGUAAAUAUUAUUCGGUCAUAGACUUUUAAAAGCACAAAAGUAGGUAAAAAUAUACCUCUAGGUAAGUACAUUUGAUGAGGUACAGAAUGUGGAUUGUAAUUAUGUUGUCUGUGAUGCUAGUCUAUGGAAUUAUAUUCUGUUGUUAAGUAUUGAGCUACAUAAUUUUCUACCCCACGUUAUAUAAUGUUA